AAUGUCUGAUCAAUUCAGAUAAGAGGUCUUAACCAUUCAGACUCUGUAUAAUACUUAACCAUUCAGAGGCAAAUCUCUUAACCAUUCAGACAUCUGAACCAUUAAGAGGCUGAAACAAACAGACCCUUAGAUUCAUUAUAUUCAUUAAACAAAUAAUUGUUAUUAAAUAAACACCCAUGGGCACGACCUAUCUACUACUUUAUGUGGAUGAUAUAGUUCUCACAGCAUCCUCUCCAGCACUUCUACAGAGUCUCAUUCAGCAGCUCAAGGCUGAGUUCUCCAUGACUGAUAUGGGCGAUCUGCACUUUUUCCUCGGGAUCAAUGUUCACCGCACAGCUUCUAGCCUGUUCCUCCACCAGACUCAGUUCACGCACGACAUCCUUGAGAGGGCAGGGAUGGUUUCUUGUCGGCCCAUCUCAACCCCGGUGGAUACAAAGGCAAAGCUAUCUGCGUCAGCUGCCGCGACUGCCGGAAGACCGAUUGCGUCGGAGAUAGCCGCCGGCGGCGGGGUUUGCGGAGGUUUCGGCCUUCAGGUCACCGGAGAGGAGCUUGUCGUCCCAAACCAGGCCCGACGAGCCUUGCCUUCGGAACGAGAUUUCUGAUAUUGGCAAAGCUGAUCCUGCAGCAUUAAAUUAUGUUAUCUUUA